AUGUGUACAUACAAUGGAGUAAUAGAAGAGUACCCUUGGAUAUCAAUCGAUUGCUUUGAAAAAUUAAAUAUACAACGUUCAACAACAUUUAUCAUUACUCACAUUCACACCGAUCAUUUACGUGGAUUAGAAACCGAAGAAUUUUAUUUAUUUUUGAGAAAUCAGCAAUUAUCUGUCUACUGUUCUGAUGUAUCGAAACAGUUUUUAUCUCGUUUACCACAGUAUGCACAUUUAAACAGGCAUCUUAAAGAAAUACAAACACAACAACCAUUUAUCAUACAAAAAAAGAAAAACACUGGUGAAGGUGAUGUAGACACCUGUUUGUGUACAUUUGUGGGUAGUGGUCAUUGUCCCGGUUCGGUGAUGGUGUUGUUAGAAGGCUCAAAUGGCAAUGUUUUAUUCACCGGUGAUUUUCGACUUUAUUUAAAACAAUGUCAACGCUUUCUCAACAAAUGGUCACCACAAAAACAAAUAUCCAAGUUAUAUGUUGAUAUGACAUUUUUUCAUCCAAAUAUUCGUUAUAUUCCAACACGUGAAACUGCUUGUGAAGCAUUAAUGAGAUUUUUGGCACAACAAAUUGGACUCGAUAGCAUUCAUCGAAAUCAGAUUUAUUUAAAGACAAGUGCUCGUGUUGGAUAUGAAUAUAUUUAUGAACAGAUAUAUCAACGAUUUAAACAAAAGAUACAUGUCGAACAUCAUCAAUAUGAACUUUAUGAUUGUUUACCAAAUGUGCAACAAUGUUUAACAACAGAUCCAACAGAAACAUGCCUACAUGCCUGUCGUUCAUCAAAUCAAUUUCUCUCUUGUCCAUGCAUUUCCUAUCGUCAAUCUCCAUAUGGUCGUAUUAAAAUCAUUUUAUCCAUAAUGUGGUUUACUCAAGUAAUGAAUGUUCAAGAAUUACUUAUACGAUAUCGAAAACAAACUGAUUUCAGUUAUAUGAAAGAUAAUAAUGAUGAACUCGAUGAUGAUUGGACAAAUAAAACCUACAGACUAUGUUAUUCAUUACAUUCGAGUUAUUCUGAAAUUGUCACAUUUCUAAGACGUAUUCAACCUCUUCAUAUUCAUCCGAUAGCGUAUCCAUCUCAUAUAAGUCUAAAACGAAUUCAUCAAAUAUGUUCAAAAAUUCUUCCAGAGACUAACAUUAUUAAAAGUCAAUUGCCACCAGUCACACAUACAACACUUCAAAUUAAAAAACGACGAUAUUAUGAAGAAAUGACAAAUUCAGCGGAUAAUGAAUUAGAUCUAUUGGGUGAUUAUGAAAGAGAACAAUCUGUUCUACUAGGACAUGUGAGUUCAAUGAAUGAAAAACAAAUAAAGAAGAAAUUAAAAUCUCAAACAUCACAACUAUUCAAACCUUUGGAUUCAAAUAUCGAUGACCACCAUUCAAUGGAACAAUCAAUUAACAGUGAUAAUGAUUUAUUUUCAAAAAUACAGCGUCAAACAAGUUAUAAUCAAGAUGAAAAUGAUGAAAACUCUUGUAUUAUUCUCUCUUCAGACGGUGAAGAUGAUUCACUCGGUGUUUAA